UAUUUUCUGUGUACAAAUGAAACAGAUGGUUAUCUACUAAACGUGAGGUUUACGUGGCAUGCGAAGUAUUAUACGAAGUAUUUCCAGGUUUUACUUUAUUUUAGUAACAUGUCAUCAACUGAAGGAAAUAACGAAUUGAAGGGAGGGCACCCGCCUGCUGUGAAAGCUGGAGGAAUGCGAAUAACACAGCAUAAAGUGCAGUCGCAUGAAAAACCUGUAGAAACAAAAAAAAGUGAUGAAGAGGAAGAAGAAGAAGUAGUGACACCCAGCCCUCCAAAACAACAGCUGGUUAUCUCAGGUGCAUUAGCCAGGGGAGAUGCAGACUUUCCAGCUGAAGCUGUUCAAGCAUUCCACAACAAGCCUUUACCUUCACAUGAUUAUAGACCAAGUGGUAACAGGCCAAAUAUUAUUCACCAACCAAGGAAGUAGAUGAAAUAUAAAAUUCCCAAUGUUAUUCCAUUUUGCUGAGUACUUGAUACAUUGGCAACUUCCAAUAUUUGCUUUUUUAUUGGGAAAAUUUUUUGUUUGGUGUUUAUGCUCUUUGUUAACAAUUAUAUUGUUGAUGUAAUUUUUGCAGAAUAAAAGAUUUUUUCAGUAAAA